AAAGUGGAAUGAUGCUGUUGUUCCUUUAAAUGCUCUCACCCAGCUGAUGAUCUACGUCACAGCAUAUGACCCGAAUUACAAUAUCAUUUUAUUUCUUUAUUGUUUUGUCCGCGGAUUUAGGAGCAACACAGACCACACGCGUCGAGUCGUAGUGUAUAACUGUCCAAAACAGUCCUGAAUAAACAUGAGCUAGUUUCCACUGAGAGCUGAAUGCAGUGCGAGCGGAGGGUUGUGUUGACGCAGAGCGGUCACAUGAAUUUGAACUGAAGAUGGCGGACCACAACUCAGGAACAUCGGAGCAGCACAGCAGUGAAGUUUCAGAAACUUUAGUGUCAUCUAAUGAAUUUCUCAAACCCCACAUGCAGGACAGCGAUGGACAUACAGCCAACAGUCCAGAGGAGUCGCUUUCUCCUGCCUCGGUGAUUUACUUUAAGGAGGCGCUAACUUAUAACUCAAGUAUACAGUUUACAAAGACGAGCUCUUCUCUUCAUGCCCCAGUGCGAUAUGAAUUCCAGAUUGAGAAGACUAACAAGAAAACAAGAAACUCAUGGGAGGAUUUCACAGAUUUGGUGGAGCAAAUGCAAAUGCUUGAUGAGUUUAAAGAUCCCAAGGAUCCCAUUGCCAUCGAGAGGCUUAACCUGAUGAACAUGGCCAAGCUGAGCAUCAAGGGCUUGAUUGAGUCUGCACUGAACCUGGGUCGCACACUGGACUCAGACUAUGCCCCACUGCAGCAGUUUUUUGUCGUCAUGGAGCACUGUCUGAAACACGGACUUAAAAGUAAGAAGACGUUCCUUGGCCAGAAUAAGUCUUUUUGGGGUCCUCUGGAGCUUGUAGAAAAGUUGACUCCAGAAGCUGGUGAGAUCACAGCCAGCGUCAAAGACCUUCCUGGGCUCAAAACCCCUUUAGGAAGAGGCAGAGCAUGGCUUCGUCUGGCUUUAAUGCAGAAGAAGCUCUCAGACUACAUGAAGACCAUCAUCAACCGAAAAGACCUUCUCGGUGAAUUCUAUGAGCCCAAUGCUCUUAUGAUGGAGGAGGAGGGAGCCGUGAUCGCUGGGCUGUUGGUGGGCCUGAAUGUCAUUGAUGCUAACUUGUGCAUGAAGGGAGAAGAUUUAGACUCACAGGUUGGAGUCAUAGAUUUUUCCAUGUAUCUGAAAGACGGUGCACACAGCAGCAAAAGCACAGAGGGUGAUGGACAAAUCACAGCUAUUCUUGACCAGAAGAAUUACGUUGAGGAACUGAACAGACAUUUAAGUGCGUCAGUGAAUAACUUGCAAGCCAAAGUGGAUGCGCUGGAAAAGUCCAACUCAAAACUUACAGAGGAGCUUGCCGUUGCAAACAACAGGAUCAUCACUCUGCAGGAGGAGCUGGAAAGGGUGAAGGAUGAAAGCUCUUACUUGGUGGAGUCUAGUCGCAAGGCAUCAAGGGCAGAUGGUACUGCAAACGGUCAAGUGCUUGGGGAAACUCGCAAACAGCUCAAAGAGGAAACUCAGCUCAGACUGGAUGUCGAGAAGGAGCUGGAGGUGCAGAUAGGGAUGAAGCAAGAGAUGGAGCUGUCCAUGAAGAUGCUAGAGAAGGACAUCUGUGAAAAACAUGAUGCUUUGGUGGAGCUCAGACAGCAGUUAGAUGAAAUGCGUACACUCAACCAUGAGCUCUCCAUUAAGUCACAGGUAUGCGUAAACAUCUUAUUUAGUUACAUUUUUGAAUAACUAAACCUGGCUAUUUUCCGUUAGAAAUCGCAUAUCACAAUUCACAA